CAUUUCUCCUACAAUUUAUCAAUUUCACCUACGAGUGAAAUUGCUCUCCAGCAUAGCUGCCAGAUUGUAUGAAAAAAUUUGUUUUCUUUUAAAUUGAGUUAAAUGGGAAGGCUAAAUGGGAAUGGCUAUUUAGUCGCUAUGGUGUACAGCUGUAAGAGAAGCCCCAAGUUUGUUUCUGUGGCAACAAAAGCAUAUAUUUGGCGCACUUUUUCCAGUUUUUUUCUAACCUUAUUUUUUCUUAACUUUUUUUUUCUAAAAAUUUUAGUUUAAACUUAAUUAAAAUGGCAAAGUUAAUAACAACCACGCGAGGGGGGAGGUGUUUAGCCGUAGACGGGUUUGUGUAUCACAAGCAAAUCUCACGUCAGUUCAGAACAUAUUGGCAUUGCGCUCAACGGAAAGAAUUUUGCCGAGGCCGUGCAGUCAGUACAAACAACCCGCUGACAGUCGUCAAGCAGACUACUCACAAUCACGCACCAAACCAGGACGCGGUGGCUGCCCGAGAAGUGGUUAACAAUCUUAGAGGUUUAGCGGCAGAGCGCCCAGAUGCAGCUCCUACACUAAUUUUGAGGGAUGAGCUCAGUCAAGUGACAUCAGUCGUCACAGCUCAACUUCCACUACGAAGUUCUCUGAGAAGAACAAUGAACCGGAGACGGCAAGCCGAGCUCCCGCCAAAUCCUGCCAAUCCACAAGAGUUAAACAUUCCUCCUGAGUAUCGCACCUUACUGAAAAAUGAGCCCUUCCUCUUGUACGAAAAUUUAGAUGACGAUGAUGCCUCUACUAUCCUAAUUUUCGCUUCAGACAGGAAUUUGAGGGUUCUUGGAGCUUCACAGACCUGGUUCAUGGACGGAACUUUUAAAGUCACACCAAUUAUCUUUCAUCAACUUUUUACAAUUCACGGGAUGAUUGAGGAUUCGGCGUUUCCCCUUGUUUAUGCCCUAGUCGAAAAUAAGGAAGAAGAAACGUUUAUCAAGUUCUGAGAGAAGUCGUUGCACAUUGCAAUGCAAGAGGAAUUAACAUUGCAGCGCCUGACACGCUUAUAAGCGAUUUCGAAAAGGCAAUCAUCAAUGCAGGCAGAAGAAUGUUUCCAAAUGCGCAAGUGCGGCUGUGUUUUUACCAUCUGGGACAAAGUUCGUACAGGAAAGUUCAGGAACUUGGCCUACAAGCAGCCUACAUUAAUCCCGAAAAUCGAGAAUUAAAGAUUGCAGUUCACUGCAUGUUAAGUGUGGCUUUUGUACCACCAGAUGACG